AUGAGGUCUUACCUGGUCCUGCUGUGUGUUGUGGCGGCUGCCUCCCAGCCCAUCUGUAACCACCCACCAAGCGCCUGGUGCAGUUCCUGGGAAAUUGCAAAGGAGUGCCAGGUGGAAAAACAGUGCUUGGAAUUCUACUCUAAUCAGGAUUUGAAGAAGUCUUCUGAACCAGCUAUUCAGAUAGAUUUAUAUUAUGAAAGUCUUUGUGGAGGCUGUCGAGGUUUCCUUAUCCGGCAGUUGUUUCCAACAUGGCUGAUGCUUGCAGAGAUCAUCAACGUAACAUUAGUGCCUUAUGGGAAUGCACAGGAGACCAACAUCAGUGGUCAAUGGGUUUUUCAAUGCCAACAUGGACCUGAAGAAUGUCAAGGAAACAUGAUGGAGGCCUGUCUUAUCCAUAUUAUUGGUGAUAUAUACAAAUAUUUUCCAAUCCUUUUUUGCAUGGAGUCUUCCCACAACGUCACAAAGUCUUUGGAAUCCUGCCUUGGAGUUUAUGCACCAGAGGUUGCUGUUAAGACUGUUUUGGAGUGUGUAAAUGGGGAUUUGGGUAACAAACUGAUGCACCAAAAUGCCCAGAGUACUGAAGGUCUCAAUCCUCCUCACCAGUAUGUGCCCUGGAUUGUCAUUGAUGGGAUGCAUACUGAUGAACUUCAAGCACAAGCUCAAAGUUCUCUCUUUAACCUUGUUUGUAGCAGAUACAAAGGCCCAAAGCCAGAUCCCUGCUUGAACAGUGAAACAAUACCGUUAAAGAGGGAUUUUCUUUGCUUAAACUGA